AUGACGUUGGAUGAACUCGCUUCCAUUCGCUGGCACUUCUUUUUAACUCCUGCUGCCAGUCACUCUCUCAAGUCCAAGCAAGAUGUCCUCAAGCCGACAAGCAAAGGCGGCAGCAGCACGGCCACAGCAACGGGCGCAAGCCGCAUCAGCGGCAAUGAUAACACAGAUGCCCCAACGGGCCGCGGCAACGGGCAUAGGCUGCAACCGCGGCGGCGAGGAAGCCUCCGCACCGACGAGCAGCCGCGGCAGCGGCAGCAGGACAAUCCAAGCCGCGGCCCCAAGCGCCAGCCCCGAAGGCGCAAAACACCACCCGCCAGAAAUGUCCGGACCAGGCACAGCAACAGCGGCACACAGCAAAAAAGCAGCAAAGCAGCACAGCCGCCACACCAGCAGACACAGCCACAUCCACAACGGCGGACGGGGCCACCCGCAGACAACCAGCCACCGCAACACCAACGGCGACCGAGCGCCCCGAAGAGCCGCAGCCGGAACAGGAGGCGGCAGGCCGAAACGAAGCCCCGGGCGGCAACGAAGCCCCGAGCCACAGCAACCACGGCGCCAGAAGAGCCAGCGUCAGCGUCAGUCCAAGCGAGAGGCAAAAAGCACAGCCGGCCCCAAAGCAAAAACGCCGCCCACAGCAUUGGGAAGCCAAGAGAGCAAAACAGCCCCACCUGUGCUGCCCUGCCGGCUGCUACCGACUCCCGGAAAGCUAGCAUUGUGGCUCACUGCACAGGCAAGCUGCUUCUGCCACUGUGUAAUGAUGCAGGGGCCACCUCAGAGAAGGAGCUUCUGGUUCAGUGA